AUUGAGACCCAUGGUUUUAGCAGUGAGCGAUAAAAGGCUGUUAAUUGAUGAAUUUGACUUCAACACCACAUUUCUUGCUGCAAACGACACUGAUGGGCUUAAUGUACUGUGAAAGAUGUAUUGUCAGAUAUUUGUGCAAGAUUUAGGUAUCCUCACUCAGGACUCUAAGGAGAUAAACCUGGGAAAUUGCCUUGUCUUAACCAUGGCGAAGAUGACAGAAACCGAGAUCCUAGCCAAGAUGAAGGUGCUGGAGGACCGUAUUAAAGCACCCUCGAUAUGGGGCCGCGUGCCGUGCGGCGUUCGCUUCGAAGAUCUUCAGGACAAAUACUACGAGGACGCUGUGAGGCUGUUGAAGAAACAUUACUUGUCCGAGGAACUGACGUACAGAUCGGUAAAGAUAAGCGAGGACAAAGAGGGCGUGGACGAGUUCGUGCACAACUUGCGGAUAUGGAUGAAGGACAAGAUGUCGAUCGCGGCGGUGAAGGAGGGCACGGAGAAACUCGUCGGAUGUCUCAUCAUGCGGAUACAGGAAAAAAAUGCAUUUUCCCGGACAUUCAGCCGCGUGAAGCUAACAUACAAUCCGCUUUACAGCACCGUUAUGAAGUUUUACAACGAGGUUGAGAAGCCUGUAAAUUUAUUUGAGAAACUUGGCGUGAGAAAAUAUCUGAAGGUGUACGUCAUGGCUUUGAAGCACAGAUACCGUCAUAGAGGUAUAGGAGCCGAGCUGCUCAAAGCUGCGUUCCCUUUAGCGGCCAGCGGCUUUAUACCAGCUGUAACCGGCAUUAUCGCAACCGGACACAUGCAGAAGGAGGCAGAAAAGCUGGGCUUCCAAAAAUUCAAUGAGAUAUAUUAUGUUAGGUAUCUUAUUAAUAAUGAGAUCGUGUUCUGGGACACGGGCCUCGGUAACUACGGCGCUGCUCUGAUGGCUUAUCGUCUGCCGGACGUCGAGGAGAUUCCCGAGCUGCAGCCGGCGCGCUCAUCCAGAUUCCAAGUCAUGGAGCCACAAGACGACGAGGAGGAUUCGUGACGAAAGAUGUUUUGAGGCUAAAAUAUUUGGACUAUUUGUACACUAUUUAC